AUGGACUCGUUCUCGGCAGGGACGAACCGCGCCGCUUUGCCCUCGCUGCCCAUCCUAUUAGCUGGCGGAAUCAUCAUUUACGCACUCGGCUUGGUCGUAUAUCGCCUAUACUUGCAUCCGCUGGCCAAGUUCCCCGGGCCGAGAAUUGCAGCCGUGACGAGUUUCUACGAGGGUUACUUCGAGAUUGUACAGAAGGGACAGUACUCGAAGCACAUCUCGAAGCUACAUGAUCAAUAUGGUCCGAUCGUCAGAGUCACGCCACAUGAACUACACAUUCGUGACUCGCACUUCUUCGAGGAGUUCUACGGCAAGAACCUCCAUCUCGACAAAGAAGGAUGGGACUCGCGCUUUGGAGCUGAAGGAGGUGUCCUCACCACUGUGAAUGCAGCGUUUCACAAGCGGCGCCGAGCAGCAUUGUUGCCUAUGUUCUCCCGCCGCUCUAUCCUCGACUUCAUCCACAUCAUCUACCGCCACAUCGACACCCUCAGCAUCCGGAUCCAAGAAUUCGAGGCUGGCAAGGAGCCCUUGAACCUCACCCACGCCUUCCCUGCCCUCACGGGCGACAUCAUCAUGGACUAUUUCUUCGGCUUCAACUACGCUCAACUCAAGUCGCCGGAUUUCUCAAGCUUCCAUGAGGCCUUCAUCAAGCUUGGUGGCACAGGCCAUAUCGCCACGCAAUUCCCGUGGUUCUUGCCUUCGCACAAGCGCCUCACCGAGGAAGCACAAAUCGUCGUCGGAGGCGGCGUCGAAACAACUGCUUUCACCCUCUCUAUCGCGGCGUUUCAUAUCAUCAACACGCCGAGGAUAUAUGAGCGCUUGCAUAGGGAGUUGGUCGAGGCGUUUCCGAACCGCGCGACGCUGGAGCUGUAUCCGCUCGAGCAGAUGGCGUAUUUGCGCGCGUGUAUCAUGGAGGCGGUGCGGUUGUCGUAUGGGCUGAGUGCGAGGAAUCCGCGGACGAGGCGGAUGCCGUUGGUAUACAAGGAUUGGGUCGUUCCGAGUGGGAGUUGUGUUUCCAUGUCCAUCCCCGAUGUCAGCCACGACGAAGCCAUCUUCCCCUCGUCCUCGGAAUUCCGGCCCGAGCGCUGGCUCGACAGCCCGCUCACGCCCGACGGGCAGCCGCUGGACAGGUUCAUGGUGUCGUUUGGCCGCGGCACGAGGCAUUGCAUGGGCAUGAACCUCGCGUGGACAGAGUUGUAUCUCACCCUUGGCAUGAUGUUUCGCAGGUACAGGUUUGAGCUGAUUGAGCCUGAUGUCAGGGAUGUGCAGAUCGGCCAUGAUUAUUUUAUUCCCGUGACGUGGGAGGGCGGGAAGGGGGUUAGGGUGUUCGUGGAGAGUUGUAAGGAUUAG